CCCCCAAACACCAACGUGGUGUUCGAAGCCGAUCUCUACGACGACGAGGAGAGGUGGAAGCACUGGUUCGACCUGACGGGCGAGUCGAGGCUCUACUUCUUCACCCGGCUCAAGAAGAAGAAGAAGGAGAAAGGGAAGCGCGUGGAGCGGAGCUUCGGGCAGAGCGUGUGGAAGUCGCAGAAGGACGACAAGAUCAGCCUCGUCCUCGUCCCCGGCGAGAAGGAGAUCGAGAUCGGCACCAAGCGGUCCUUCUCGUACAAAGUGAAGGACGACGACGGCGCCGGCGGGAGUAGUAGUAAUAGGGAAAGUGAGAGCAACGGGUGGGUGAUGCACGAGUUCAAAAUCAAUGGAGAGUUGGCUAAGUGUCUUGGUGCUGGUGGCGACGGUGGCGGUGAGGAUUAUGUUAUUUGCUGCGUGAGGAAGAAAGAAGAGGGGAAGAGUACUGGCGGUGGCCAGUGGCCGGAGAUCGAGCUGAUUGAUGCUUCCCCGUGGACUACUGCUGUCUAG